AUGGCCGACAGUCUGAUGGCAUCAGAGAAGGAGCUCCUGGAGGUCUUCGGCAAUUGUUUGCCGUCUCUGAUGGCGGCCGGCACUCAGGAAAUGGAUGCGGACGACCAGGGGCACGUGAACAAGAGGAAGAAGCCGGACGGGACGACACAGCCCAGCGGCAGGCGCUUCCAACCAAGGUCGCAGGACAAGCCGGUACCAUCAAGCAUUUCUUCAAAAGACUUGGGGCAGCUAGUGUAUCUGAUGGCCAAGAUCAUGCUUCUUCAGGAUGCGAAGCUGCAAAUGCUGAGGGUCGAGAAGCAGUUCGUGAUACUCAUGGAGACAGGGCCGCAAAGGAUGAUCCGUCCGCUCUUCGCCGUAGCCCAGAAGUGGAAAGCGGCACGAGAUGCCAGCCCGCCAACAACAAACAAAUCGUUGAGGGUGGCAUUGGUGCAAUGCUACAUCGCCGAGUUCUACAACAGACUGGUCAAGCUCAUGCAGGAUCCGGAAACGAAGGCCAACAUGAUCAAGCAUCGCUAUGUGGCAGAACAGGCGCAGGAGCUGCAGAUGGACACCACGAAGCCGGCAAUCGAGCACCAAGAGAUGGUGGAGACGGCAUACCAGUGCUGUCAGAAAUUGUGUGGAAACACAGUCCUGAAGCUGGUGGGGUGCCGGAUGAAGCAAGAGAGGCUGCAACGACAUCAGAUGGUGCAGGCUUUGGCCCGCGCGAUCGAGUCGAAGAAAAACAACAGCAACUGA